AUGUCCUCUGAUCUUCGCAUGCUCCUGCAUGCCCUCGUCAACCCGACAUCGAACGAGGGGUAUGUGCGAGAUCAGCAGACUCUGUCAGAGCUCUUCAAGGAGCCAGAGUUUUUCGUUGCUCUCCAAGCACUUGCUGCUGAUAAAUCGCUUCAACAGCAAGAGCGACUUAUGGCUUCUGUGAUCACGGCAAGAGAGCUGAAAACAAAAUGGCGAAGCAAAGCACUGGUACCAGAGAACAGAAAACCCGAGGUCCGAGAAAGGCUCUUUAGCUUUAUUGAGGAAGGUGAUAUGUCUAUCGCUCGACCUCAACUUGGUCUUCUCGUUGCGAUUGCUCGAAUCGAAUAUCCCAAAACAUGGCAGAAUCUCCCUCAGCUUCUUCUCGAACCUCUCAUGAUGUGUUUGGCGCAUCUCGAUAACCUCUCUUCCUCCUCUUCUUCGACCAGUACCGUCCUCCUCAACAUCUUAUGGACCAUCAACGCCCUUGUCAAGGAAUGGAGGACCGUCAAGGUCUCCCACGGUGCUUUAGUGAUGCAAAAAUUCGAAGAUGUGUUCACGGAUCCUGUAGGAAGAGUGUUAGCUAUAUGGGCGGAGCAUGAGAGAAAUGGGCAGGAAGAUUUGACGCUUGCAGAGGCUGGACGAUAUUCGUUCAAACCCAAGAAGCGCAUCAAAAAAUCAAUCAUCUCGUCCAUCAUUCCAUCGUUGACAAAGCAUCUGCGAGCCAUUGGUAAAUGGUGGAGAGUGAUGAUCGGCCUUGACCCCAAAGGGUUCUGCAAAAUACCUGGUGUCACCACCGGUGUAGGUUGGUGGUGGGGAGAAGUCGGUGGCGUGGUGGCAGGUUCAGAUGGCGCUGUAGCCAAUGAUGUCUUCACUCCACAUUUCAUUCUAUCCGCUUUCCACCUUCUUGUGGACAAGCUGUUGCCCCUCACGUCCACGGAUCUUGAGGCAUUGGAAGAUGAACCUGAAGAAUGGCUGGUCGGCGAAAGCUUUGACGAAGAAGCUUGGGCGUUCGAGUUCAGGCCUUGUGCCGAGCGAGUUCUGAUUGCGUUGAACAACGCCUGUCGAAACGUCCCCAAAGAACACAAGACUGUAGCUGACAGAAUAGCGGCACCCGCUAGCGAUUUGCCUUCUAUUUUGAGACGUGAAGCGGUCUACUGUGCCUUAGGAAGAUUAAGCAGAUCGGUGGCAACGUACGGAGGGGUCGAUUUCAACGGUUUAUUGACUGGAAUUGCCAGCUGGAUUGGAAACGGUCAACCUUUUGCGGAUGAAGAUGCUGCCAAGCUGCCUAUCGUCUGGCAAAUGCUGUUGCACUUGUUGUCGGAACGUAGCGAAGCCACCGAUAAAGCGGUCCAGCUAAGCGCGACAAUAGCAAUCAAGGAAUGUGUGGAUUGGAAGAAUUCCGCUACUCUCGAUGGAAAGCGAUAUGUUAACGACGCAAUCGGUGUGGUGAUUGAAAGAGUCGGAGAUCAGAUCCUGCCGUAUUUACCGAAACUCGCUCAAUCUGUUCCAGUGUUGUGGCAUAGUGCCGGCGGCUUGGAAGGCGAAUGGUUGUUCAAGGCGUCCCUCGUCGUACUCACCACCAAACUUGUCUCCGCCGCUAAAGCUACCUCGGGUGAUUUGAUGGAACUUGUUAUCCCUCUCAUCGAAGAGAGUCUCCAACCGCCAGCGAAGGACUUUUUCGAAGAUGAUGGUUUGAUCUUAUGGCAAACAGCUCUCUGGAACGCGGCUUCACCUUAUCAGCCAACCAAAGAGACUGGUUUGAUCCGAUUAAUACCAGGUCUGCUCAGUAUGCUGGGAGAGAAUAUGGAUCUCCUCCCCAAGCUCUUGCCUCUUCUUGACUCCUAUCUCCUACUCGAUGCCAGUGGCAUCACCCAAACAUACGGAGAAGCAAUAACCUCGACCUUUGCCAAGGCAUUGACCACCAGUAAGCCCAACGCGGAAGCAGUCAGUCGUAUCCUCGUCACCGUCUCUCUCCUCAUUCGAACUGCGCCCUUGGCUCAGCUUGCGCCUCUUCUUCUCCACUCUGGUAUCUUCCAACACAUCACAACUGCUCUUGAGGAUGAUAAAGCGUCAGGUUUGAUCCUGGCCGCCUACCUGGAGAUAUUAUCUCGAAUCGCAAUUCUUGACCCUCGCAUAUUCCUUCAAUUGGUUGCCGAAUCUGCUCGAAUGCAAAAUCGAGAUGGGCAAAAACUCUUAGAUGAGGUUUUAGAUGCUCUCUGGAGGAAUUUCGAUUAUGUUGGUGAAACUCGAAUGAGGAAAGCUGUGGCUAUGGGAGCUGGGGCUUUGCUCACAACAGUGAUGAAUAUAUUCCUUGAUGUGUUGGGUGAAGUACAAGUGGCUCAAGACGAUCCCAACAGUAUAGAAACCGGACUUCGACCUUGGCAAGAUGAACACUCCUCACAAUGGUCGGAUAUUCAAUAUACCCCCGAGGGCAAGCGUCGAGUCACACUAGAAGAUAGCGAUCCAGCAUACUCAGUUCCUCUCAAGGGUUACAUCGUUCAGAUCCUGCAUCAAGCUCAUGCAGUGGGAUUGGGACCUUUCUGGGACAAGGCGGACCAAGGGACUAAACGAAGUUUGGAGACAUUCCUCAGCUGA